GGCUUUUACUUCUGAAGUUGCCUUCGCGGAGGGGAUCUCCACUCGAGCCGAACAAUGAGUGAGUCAAGUAUUUGCCAGGCUCGGGCUACCGUGAUGAUCUAUGAUGACGGCAGUAAAAAGUGGCUCCCGGCAGGUGCCGGAGCCCAAACCUUCAGCAGAGUCCAGAUCUUUCACAACCCCUCCAACAAUGCCUUCAGGAUAGUGGGGCGCAAGAUGCAGACAGACCAGCAGGUGGUUAUAAACUGUCCCAUUGUGAGAGGUCUCAAGUACAACCAGGCCACACCGAACUUUCACCAGUGGCGAGAUGCCAGGCAGGUGUGGGGGCUCAACUUUGGCAGCAAAGAAGACGCUACUCUGUUUGCCAACGGCAUGUCCCACGCUCUGGAGGUCCUGAACUCCAUGGCAGACGCAGGAUAUGCAACUCUCCCUCGCCAAGUGUCCAAUGGGCCUACUCCAGAAGAGCAGGAACAGCAGCGCAGGUUGGAGCAGCAAAGGCUUGAACAGCAGGAACGCGAACGCCAAGAGCGAGAGAGGCAGGAGUGGGAACGCCAAGAACGAGAGAGGCAGGAGUGGGAGCGUCAGGAAAGAGAGAGGCUGGAGAAGGAAAGACAAGCUGUUGCAGCUCCACCACUGGCCCCUGCAGUCCCUGCAGCCCCUGCAGCCCCUGCUCCACCUCCAGCUCCCCCAGCUCCCCCAGCUCCUCCACCACCCCCAUGCCCUCCUCCAGCUGCCGUCAUCCCUCCUCCUCCAGGACCUCCUCCUGCAGGACCUCCUUCCGCAGGACCCCCUCCAGCCCCACCUCUGCCAAUUCCAAGUGGAGGAGGAGAUGGCAUUGGUGGUGAUGGUGGUGGAGGAGGAGCUGGGGGCUUGGCAGCUGCCCUGGCGGGGGCUAAACUGCGAAAGGUGUCCAAGCAGGAGGAUCCAGCCCCUGCACCUCCAGUGGCCAGAAACGACCCCUGUCGCAGCAGCAACUCGUCUAUCGGUGGAGGGGGAGGAGGAGGGUUAAUGGGGGAGAUGAGUGCCAUCUUGGCGCGAAGGAGAAAAGCUGCAAACAGUGGCGAGAAGGCACCCGUUAAGACGCAAGAGAACGAUGAUUCAGAGUCUCAAAGUGAUACGCUAAGAAAACCUUGGGAGAAAGGCUCCAUGGUCAGGAAUAACUCCAUCCCCAAGAGCAUGGACAGCACUCCCUCAUUGUCCCAAGUGUUAAGGGCAAAGGGUCCAGGUAUUAACAGUGAUGGAUCUGAGGACUCGGAUUUAGAGAAAAUGAAACAGGAGAUUUUGGAGGAGGUGCGGAAAGAAUUGCAAAAAGUCAAAGAAGAAAUUAUUGGAGCCUUUGUUCAAGAGCUGCAAAAAAGAAACACAUAGUUCUGCUGUCAGGUGUACCGGAGGGGUGUGAUGCACGGAGGUGUUCGAGGCACAUUGGGACUUCUCCACUGCCCUCCCCUCUUAUUGUAUAGCCCAGGGAUUUCUCCUUCACCUUUUUUUGUCUAUCAAAUCUUACACAAACACAUGUGCUUUCUCAAUUUAUUUGUACAACAAACAUAUUCACUUCAUGUCAAAGUUAAUCCAGGGAUUUCCUCACGUCGCCUUCCAGCACUUGGAGCGAUCAGUCAUUAAUGAUGUGUCGGUGCGCCAUGUUUUCAUCGUUGAUUCAUCCACUCCUGCGAUCUGCUCCGGUCUGAAAAGCACAAAGCGUCAACUAUUUCUGUAAUUAGUCAUCUCUACUGCUGAAGUCCUCCUACGUGUCCCCUUCGACUGUCGAGAGGCAUCGUUAUGGAUGGAGCAGUCUUCAGGGAUAGUGUAUUAACUGUAUUUUUUUUUUUUUUUUUUACUGUAAUAGCAAAUCAUUUUGUUUCUCUUCCUGCCUCAGUUGUUCCAGUAUUUGUUAGUAGGUUAUGGUCACCAAUGGUAGUUGGUGAUCUUGUCAAAUCUGAGCAUGCACAACCACACUCGUUCACAACUGCAGUGAGUUCCUCUCGAGUGGGAUUUCAGCUCCAGGCAAGGGACAACAACUAGAAAGUCACGACAUGGCCCCUCACUGCUAUGACGAAGACGCCAGAGGAAGAGGAGACGAGCAAAAAGGGAACCUGAUGGACCACCUGGGAGCUGUGAAAGAGUGUUAUAGUUUUAUAAUCUGUCUGAACUUUAUUUCUUAAUGCGUUGCGCUUGUUCCAGAGGAAGUGCGUCUGUGUGCCACACUGCCUUCGUAGACUUUUCCCUUUCACUGAUUGAACUGUUUACCUGUUGGCCGAUCGAGCCGUCCCACUGCUUACUGUACUUCCGCCAGUUGUUUUCCUUUAAUGCUAGAUGUUUUUUUUUUUCUUAUACGGUAAUUUUGUAACAUGAAACAAAUGGCCAUGGAGGUCCAUUAAUUUGGCCAUGACAACUGCCUUGAGAACAUAUAAAUAUAUAUAAAUAUAUCUAUAUAUAAGGAAAUAUAUUUGUUUUGAUGGAAAAUCUUAGCUAAAAUGAAAGUGUUUCUAUUUUAAUUGAAAUAACUGGGAAGUGGGGUUUCUUUUUUCAAUGACUUUUUUUUCUUUCUUAGUCUAGGCUUUUUACACUGAAAUAUAAAUAAAAUGGCUUAGAGACACUGGACUAGAAAUGCCUUUAUAGUUAAAUACAGCUGCUUUUUAAAAUGCA